AUGGGGAAACCUGAAAUACAAAUUUUAAAGCGUAAAGUUAUGGAAAAUAUUAAUAUAAUACAACAAGUAAUUGUAACGAAGAACGGUGUGCAAAUAAUGGAUUACGACCAAAAAUACGAUGACAUUUCACCAGUGGAUUCACCAAGUCAAGUUGAAUCAAACAUACAAUAUGAUGAAGAAUUUUUAAAUGAGUUAAUAAAUUCUUUAAAUCAAAUAGAAAGUGAAAGUGUAAACCAAGUGCAACCGGAUUUACAUCAUUGUCAAGAUUUGGAUAUGUUAGAAAUGCCUACGGAAAGAGCUGUGCAAGAAAUUCAACCGGAUUUACGACAAUGUCAAGAUUUGGAUAUGUUAGAAAUGCCUACGGAAAGUGAUGUGCAAGAAAUUCAACCGGAUUUACGACAAUGUCAAGAUUUGGAUAUGUUAGAAAUGUGUACGGAAAGUGCUGUGCAAGAAAUUCAACCGGAUUUACGACAUUCUCAAGAUUUGGAUAUGUUAGAAAUGCCUAAUGAAAGUGAUGUGCAAGAAAUUCAACCGGAUUUACGACAAUGUCAAGAUUUGGAUAUGUUAGAAAUGUGUACGGAAAGUGCUGUGCAAGAAAUUCAACCGGAUUUACGACAUUCUCAAGAUUUGGAUAUGUUAGAAAUGCCUAAUGAAAGUGAUGUGCAAGAAAUUCAACCGGAUUUACGGAUUGUAUUCUCAAGAUUUGUCACAAAGUGUUAUAUUAGAAAAUAA